UUCACUCAUUUCUGCCCUCCCCAGCCCCCAGGAGCUCUCUGAAAGCCUUCUACAGGCUCUGCACGGCAAUUUUGGUGAAGGAAGUGGGGCUUCAGGAGACAAAAAAUGCUGUAUUCAGUGUAUAAGACACACCAAGAUUUUCAGCCUCUUUUUUGAGGGAAAAGGGUAUGUUUUAUACUCUGAAAAAUAUGGUAAUCUCAACUCUGUAGCACCAUGCCCAUGCAAAUGAAAGCUCCAUAAAUUUCCAGAACAAAUUUUGAUGUCAAAAGGGAAGGGAAAGAGAGAAAGCGGAAAAAAAUCCAUUACACUCCAUUGCUUGAAAUUUGUGUUUACAGAAGUAUUGGAGUCAAUAUUAUGUUUGUAGUAGAGACCCAAAUAGACAUAAAAGUUGGGGAACUUUCUAGCAACUAACAGAAAGCAAAUACUGGAUUAUUCAAAGAUGUAGAGAUCGAGAAAUUAUUUUGACCAGCUGCUCAAAAUUCAGGAACACUGGUUAAAAAUACAAAAUUGACUGUUGGAACAUCAGCAAUUCAAAUCAAAAUUCAAAGUAACAUUCAAAAUAAAAUGUCUAACUAAGAAAGUAAAUAGAAGUCCAAGGCUGGAUUUACUGCUCUUACCCAACAGUCUUAGUAAGCAUUACAGCUUAAACUAUGGGCAUAUAUGUAAUUCCUUACUUUUCCCUGGCUCCCUUCCUUUUCUCUGAUUAAGUAUUUGCAAGUUGAGGGACCAACUUUCUUGUCUGUCUAAACAAUUUGCUGAUCCACAUGGUGGGCAGAGUUUAAUUUUACUGGCCUAAUAAGGAUAAUUCAUCAGGUUUUUUUCUUAGCAGAUUUCUUUGCAAUCUCCCUCAGCCUCCUUCAACCCCUACCUGUCCUUCUUUCAAAGCUACCUUUAUGCACUCUGCAAACACUGCUGUUGGUUGCUCUCAGGGAGAUUGGUUUUUAACUUCACUUUAACCCCAACUCAGGAUUUACACAACCCUUUUUGCUAGGUUUCUUAGGCUUCAAAUCUAACAUGGGGUAAGAAGGGACCAGCCAUACUUGUUUCUUGAUUUCUCUGAUAACGUCUUGCCUGACUAAGCCAUCUAACCCAGAGGAAGUAUCUUUACUAUCUAUUUUCUGGCUCUUAAUACAUCUUAGUGAAGAAUGGUUCUUCUAUUGUAACUUAUUAGUUAGCUUAUUCUGCAAAUAACCAAUUUUAAUAUAUAUAAAAUACAUCCUUAAGAGAGAGAAAAGGAAAAGAAAAAAAUCAGCUCUGAAAAAUGAAGAUUCAAUUUUUUAAAACUAAAAUAAAAUUGAAGUUAAUCAGGAAGAAAAAUGUUAGGUUAAUUUGUGUUUUCUACAAGAAACUACCUUUUUCAGGGAAGUAAAACAGUUUUUUAUCAUUUUUAAUAUAUGUUUUAAGACACAGGUGUCAAACUCACCACAUCACCUUGCUGUAAUGUGAUGUUUUCCCAUUUACGGGGAUGGGAUGGGUGUGGCCUGCACAUGACGCAUCCUGCCUGCAGGCCACCAGUUUGUACCUCCUGUUUUAAGAUAUUGGACAUUUUAAAAAUAGAUUUGCCAAUUUGAAGGACUGUACAAAAUUCUGUGAACAAACUAAGCUUUAUUCAGCUUAAUAUGGCAUCUUCUAUGCUUAUAUUUGUCUUUUUUGAAACUGUAUGUCAGUUAUUCCAAUCUAUUUCAGUGGCCUUGCUAUCUGUGAUCCCAUUUUAAUUUUACCUAUCAGGGUGAUUAAAAUUAAAGCAAUUGCACAGUACCUAUAGUACUAAUACUGAGGUUUAGGUAAUUUGGAUAUAAGAUAUCUAAAUAAUUAGCUAAUAAAUAUUAGGCCAUUUUCAUAAGUUAAAACAUUGCAUGUAAAAAAACUUACUGAAUAGUUUAUAACUUCAGAAUAUACCUGGAGGAUCUGCAUGUGUGAAUACUCUCAUAAUAUUUUUUUAAAAAAUUAUUCAGGAUAAGAUGUUAAAGAAACAGCUUGGUUAAAAAUUUUCUGAUUUGCAAAUAAUAAGAAUGGUUUGGAUUGCCUGUUAUGCUUUUAUUUUUAUAUAAAGUUUGGGUUUUUUUCCUAUUUUUUACAGAUUGUUGCUUUUAUAUAAGACUUCUAAUUCUCUUGCAACUUUAUAUGAAGAAGAGAGAUGUAAAAAGUAAAAUUAAUAAUAUAAACUUGAGACCCUUCAAACAUGCAGACCUUCUUUCUAUUCUGUAGUAUUACUUCCUUAUUGCUGUAUCUUAUAGCAUUCAUUUUUCACAAUGCUAUGAUUCAGACAACAAUCCUUUGGAAGUAUAUAUUAGCCAAAUUGAAGUUUGAUUCUAAACUUUCAUGAAACAGAUAAAUUAGUUCAAAAACCUAUAAAGCAGUAUGAGGUACUUCAGAGUACAUGUGGAUCUGUCCAUCCUGAGCAGUGAAUUUUGAGCUGUAAUAAAUAGUCUAAAAAGCGCCUAUAUAUAUUACAUUAGACCAGCUGAACCUAAUUUUAUAUAUGCUUUAUUCAAAAGCAUCACAUAGCAAGUAAACUUCAAAAUUAAGUGUAGUUACAAAUAGUUGUUUCUUAUUUUUUUUUCCAGUCCCCUUUUGCUUUCUUUAACGACCACAUGAAACUUGAGAAGCCAUCUAAAGCUAAAUCAUUUAGUGGAGUUGGGCAGUUCCCAAGUGUCCAACAAGAAGGCCUGGUUUAGGCUGCGAUGGCCACUGUCAUUCCUGGUGAUUUGUCAGAAGUAAGAGAUACCCAGAAAGUCCCUUCAGGGAAACGUAAGCGUGGUGAAUCCAAACCAAGAAAAAACUUUCCUUGCCAACUGUGUGACAAGGCCUUUAACAGUGUUGAGAAAUUAAAGGUUCACUCAUACUCUCACACAGGAGAGAGGCCCUACAAGUGCACACAACAAGACUGCACCAAGGCCUUUGUUUCUAAGUACAAAUUACUAAGGCAUAUGGCUACUCAUUCUCCUGAGAAAACCCACAAGUGUAACUAUUGUGAGAAAAUGUUUCAUCGAAAAGAUCAUCUAAAGAAUCACCUACAUACACAUAAUCCCAAUAAAGAGGCCUUUAAGUGUGAAGAAUGUGGAAAGAACUACAAUACGAAGCUUGGAUUUAAGCGUCACCUGGCUUUGCAUGCUGCAACAAGUGGUGAUCUCAAUUGUAAAGUAUGUUUGCAGACAUUUGAAAGCACAGGCGUACUGCUGGAGCACCUAAAAACUCAUGCAGGCAAAUCAUCAGGUGGAGUGAAGGAGAAAAAACACCAGUGUGAACAUUGUGAUCGACGGUUUUACACCCGAAAGGAUGUCCGAAGACACAUGGUAGUACACACUGGAAGAAAGGACUUCCUCUGUCAGUAUUGUGCACAGAGAUUUGGCCGGAAGGAUCAUCUAACACGGCAUAUGAAGAAAAGUCAUAAUCAAGAACUUUUGAAGGUCAAAACAGAGCCAAUGGACCUUCUUGACCCAUUUACUUGCAAUGUUUCUGUGCCUAUAAAGGAUGAGCUGCUUCCAGUGAUGUCUUUAUCUUCCACUGAACUGACAUCAAAGCCAUUUACAAACACUCUACAAUUAAAUCUAUACAACACACAACUUCAGUCUAUGCAGAGUUCAACAUCUGCACACCAAAUGGUUGCCACAUCAUUACCUUUAGGAAUGCCUUGUCCAAUAGAUAUGGAAUCAAUUCACACUUCUCACCAACUUUCUUUAAAAUAUCCACUCAGUUCUACCUCAUAUACAGUUUCUAUGACUGAGAAAGACCAGCCAUUGAAAGGGGAAAUGGAAAGUUACUUAAUGGAACUGCAAAGUGGUAUGCCUUCUUCAUCCCAAGAUUCUCGAGGAUCAUCAUCUAAGUUAGGGUUGGAUCCUCAAGUAGGUCCACUAGAUGAUGGAUCUGGGGAUGUUUCUCUUUCCAAAAGUUCUGUUUCUAUAAGUGAACCUCUAAAUACCCCAUCACUGGACUUCUCUCAGUUAUUCAAUUUUAUACCAGUAAAUGGACCUCCUUUUAAUCCUUCUGUUUCUGUGGGAAAUCUUGGAAUGAGUUACUCACAAGAGGAGGCACACUCAUCUAUGACUCAGCUUCCUCCACAGGCACAAGACCUUCAAGACCCUGGUAUUAAUCUUGGGUCUCUUCACUCAUUGUCUGCAGCUUUCACUAGCAGUCUAAACACAACCACAACUCUACCACGUUUUCAUCAAGCGUUCCAAUAACAUGCGAAAAUGGCCUUGUGACAAAUCUGUAGAAAGCCUUAGAUGACUUUAAAUACUUUAGUGCCUACUAUGUCAUUUGUAAAUCUACUUUUGUACAGUACCAGUCUCAUUAAGCCAGUAUAAAAUUCAAAUUAACUUUUAAAAUAGUUUGAAUGUGUUUGUUCACAGUUGUUUACUCUGGUUGUUAAAACAAUCUGUAUCCUCACUGCCAAUAGAUCCACAAUUUUUAAAAAGUCUUAUGGAAAAGAUAUUUCCAGAAUGUUAUGGAUCUCUUAUUUUAAAGCUUCAUUGAGAUUUGAUAAUUUUAUAGUAAUUUAAAAUCUGAUAAUUUUAAAAAAGAAAAAAACAUUAAAAAUUCAGUUUCAUGAAAAAUUUAUAAAACAAUUGAAACAAUGAAUUAUAAAUGAGUACAUUUGUUACCAGUAUGAAAAAUUGUUAAGCUUUUUACAUAUAGAUUUCUAAGAAGGUCUGAAGGACCUAUUAUUUUUUCUUAAAUAAUUUCACAAUUAAGGGUGUAAAUGUAUUGCUUCAUUUAAGUGCAAUUACAAAGAAGUAUGAUUUGGCAAAAAAAAAAAAAAGUAUGCCUUAUUGGCAAAUCUAACUAGAGACAAAAUUCAGAGCCUACCUUGAAAUAUAAAUAUUUUUAUUUCAUCAUUCUGUAAAUAGCUGUCAUUUGCUAUUCUCAUUUAAAAAAUGAGUCAAAAGCCACCGAAAGGUUUUACAUGUUGAUUUCAAUUUGAAGUUAGAAAAUGAAUGUAAAUCCACAAAUACGUUUUUCCAUAAUUACAUUGGAGCUAAUCACUUUUGAAUUGUAUUUCAUGACAUAUAUGUCCCCUGUGCAAGACCUUUGAUAGUAAUCUUCCUUACCACACCUGGGUAUUUGGCUAGUGAUUUUUUUUCAAUGCCAAGAAUUUAAAACAGGACUCUGAGGAGUGAAGUAAAAGCAUAUUGCUUAUGCCACUUUUACUUAAUAUUCAAGGUAUUUAGAAAAACUAAUAGCAAAACAGCUAUUCAUGCUGUGUGUCAAAUUGCUAUUUCUUUUCAAAACACAUUCUUAUAUUCCCAAUAACCAAAAGAAAGAAAAACUGUGAUAUAAAAAUGGAAAAUGUACUUUUGCUGUAAUUUGGAAACAUAUUCAUUUAUACCUUUAGACUUUUAAAUCAUAUAAUUAUGUCUAUUCAUUAGUGUGGUUAAAUACAUGAGUUUUAAGUAGUUAAAGGAAAUAUAUUUAACAGAAACAAAGUUGCUCCCAUUAAGGAGCUUUGGCUCCCAAUAUUUGUAUCAUAAGUUCCUACUUUAUCGUAGGAACAAUAUGCAGGUAUGAUUUUACUAUUUUAUACUGAUGUAUUUAAAUUUUAUUACUGAAUAGUAACUUUUUAUAAGCGUUUUGUUCCAAAGGCAUUAAAAUAAGGAUGUAUUAAUAAGGAAACCACCUUUUCAAAUUUUGUAAGCUGCUCCAAUAUGCUGUGAGAAUACUUUCUCAAAGUAGUCAUUAGCUCUGCUGCAUGAUUGCUUCUUUUAGUUUCUAUGAAACAGAUUGCUAAAAUGUAUCUUUAAUGGAAUGAUUUGUUCAAUAUUGCUUUUCAGGCUUUUAGCACCAUUAUUUUAAUCCCAGGGGUUGGGGGAUUUCAGAAAGGAAAAGUCUUUGUCUUUUCAAAGGACUCAUAUUCUACAAGAAAUGGAAAUGUCCUUAUGUGCCUUUUUUGUAGAUAGUGGAUUACUUUCAACCCUUAAAAACUGAAUUGGCUUUAGCUUCAUUGUCUUUAUCCCAGAUUUUUUUCAUUACUCAUAAUUGUGUUCCUAAGAAAAUACUGUCAUUAGACAGAUAAUUAAAACAAAAUUUCACUCAUUAAAGAAGUGAAAUAAACCAAUUUUAGUUUCAGUUUUUCAUAUUUACCACUACAUUACUUAUAAUUUUUGACAGGGUUGGUAUGUAUAAAUCAUGUUAUAACAAUGUUAUCUGUUUUCAGUAUUAGUUGCUGGUUACCUUGUUUUUUUAAAAACAAGAACUAGUUUUUCCAGUAAUCCUUGAUCCAUGUUAAAGGUCCAUAUUGUUAUGGCAGCUCUUUCAGGUUCUAAAAUGGGAUUAA